AAAAAAGGUUCAGUCAGGACGCCGGCGCUGUAAGGUGGUCGCCACGCUCCCACGGUCCCUUGGCUGACGUGAGCCACUGGGGCGCGCACUGGGACGCGCACGGCGCCUCGCACGAGCCAGGGCUGGGCCGCGUGCGUUGCGCUGCGCUUCCUCCGGACCCGUCGCGCGUGGUCCCCGCGGCUCGCAGCACCCGGUCCGCUGACGCUCGUGGCUUACGGCGAAGAGGGCAGAGGCCGCGCUUCGGCUGCCAAGCAACCCCCUCAUCUCCGCGCCAUGAGCCCCGAGCCCGCGCCCGCUGAGCCGCAGGGCGUGCGCCGCAACCUCGAGGAGCCCCCGGAGGAGCCCCCGGAGGAGCCCCAGGGCUCCUCGGCCUUCCUCGCGGGCGACUACGAGGUGGCGGCCGAGCUCUUCCGCUCGCUGCUGGCCGGCCUGGCGCAGCCGGAGCGCGGCCUGUGCUUGCAGCUGGGGGAAGCGCUGGCCCGCGCAGGCCGCCUGCCCGAGGCCAUCGGCGCGUUCCGCGGCGCCGCGCUGCUCGGCCCGCUGCAGCCGGGAGAGCUCUCAGAGCUGGCGAGCGGCCUGGCGCGCGCCCUGGGCCUGCGCGAGAAACGGCCGCCUGUGGCGGCGAGGCCCAGCGGCUGCGCGUCCGGGGCCCCGGGGCCUGUGGCGCCGCGCGACCUGCUGGGCUGUCCGCGCUGCGGGCGGCUGCUCUACAAGCCGGUGACGUUAUCCAGCGGGCUCACGGUGUGCAAGCGCUGUGUGGAGCAGGUGCCGGUGAGGGCGCAGGCCCGGCGCGUGAACGUGAUGCUGAGCGGGCUGCUGGAGAGGUGCUUCCCUGCCGAGUGUCGCCUGCGCAGGCUGGCGUGCCAGGCGCGGGGGCUGCAUCGCCAGCAGCAGCCCGAGGCCGCGCUGCUCAGGUGCCAGCAGGCCCUGGACAUGGCCCCUGAUGACAACUCACUAUUGCUGCUGCGAGCUGAGUUAUACUUAACCAUGAAGAACUAUGAGCAAGCCCUGCAGGAUGCUGAAGCAGUUUGUCAGAGAGAACCUCUCCUGACCAAGGGGCACCAUAUAAAAGCGCAGAUUCUUUCUGGAUUGGGAAGAAAUAGAGAGGUGUUAAAAGAAUUUAUCUACUGCCUUGCUUUAAAUCCUGAGUGCAACUCGGCGAAGAAAGAAACGCAGAAGGUAAUAUGUGAGGUGUUCUUUUCGGCUUCAGAAAAUGAGCAUCAAAACUCAACAUCUUCCACUGAAACUGGACCAAAGGCCCUUUGUGAUGGCCAGGCGAAUCCCCAGUAUCCUCUGGAAGAGGCAGGCGGUCAGGCUAAUGCAGACAGUCCUAAGACUCCAUCUGAGAAGUCAGAGGUACCCCCGGAUAUCAAUUCUUCAGUUUUAUAUUUUAUUCUGGGCCUCCACUGUGAAGAGGAUAAAAAGGCACUGGAAGGCAUUAUCCCAGUGGCACCGAGUGGUACCUUGAAGAGGCAGCUUCCCAGUGAUGCUGAAGAUGAUGAGCUCAAUGCGAAUACCCCUGAGAAGAUUCCCAAGAAAGAUGCAGAUGCCGCACCUCAGAGGAAUGCGAACCCUCUAGAGGAAGAGCCAGAGUUCACAAUUGAUGCGACUGACUUUGAGUGUGCACUGUGCAUGAGGCUGCUCUUUGAACCUGUCACUACACCCUGUGGACAUACAUUUUGCCUCAAAUGCCUUGAGCGCUGCCUGGACCAUGCCCCUCACUGUCCGCUGUGCAAAGACAAGCUUUCAGAGUUGUUGGCAACCAGAAAUUUUAAUGUAACUGUUCUGACUGAAGAACUGAUAUUCCGAUACUUAUCUGAUGAGUUAACUGACAGAAAGAGGGUCUAUGAUGAGGAGAUGUCAGAGCUGUCCAAUCUGACCAGAGACGUGCCCAUCUUUGUGUGUGCUAUGGCCUUCCCUACGGUUCCCUGCCCUCUCCAUGUGUUCGAGCCCCGCUACCGGCUCAUGAUAAGGAGAUGCAUGGAAACUGGCACCAAGCGAUUUGGCAUGUGUUUGUCUGCGGAGAAUGCAGGGAUUUCAGAGUAUGGCUGCAUGUUGGAGAUAAAGGACGUCAGGACUUUCCCUGACGGGAGCUCUGUCGUGGAUGCAAUUGGGAUUAGCCGCUUCAGAGUCCUAAGCCACCGCCACCGAGAUGGCUACAACACAGCGGACAUUGAGUACCUGGAGGAUGAGAAGGUGGAAGGUGCAGAGUUUGAAGAACUCACUGCCCUCCAUGAGUCUGUUUACCAGCAGUCUGUUUCCUGGUUUGCUUCACUCCAGGAUCACAUGAAGAAACAAAUUCUAAGCCAUUUUGGCUCGAUGCCAGACAGGGAACCAGAGCCACAGAGCAAUUCUAGUGGCCCUGCCUGGUCCUGGUGGAUUCUGGCCGUGUUGCCCUUGGAACGCAAGGCUCAGUUGGCCAUUCUUGGCAUGGCCUCCCUGAAAGAGCGUCUCCUUGCCAUUCGGCGCAUAUUAGUCAUCAUUACACGUAAGCUGAAUAGCCGCCAAGAGAUGGCUAACAACGCUCAGAGAGAUAAUUGAUUUUCCUCCAGAUUAAGGUUGCCGGAAGCCCCUGUGUUUUUGAGUUCCAGACACUGACAAAUACCUGUCUUCUUUGGCGCGCUUUGUAAAAUCUUGUCAAUGUGGUGGUAAGUGGGACAUUUGCCGAAUACUGAUUUUCUCACAUAUAAAAGUCUCUCUGCUGGACACUGACACUGUGCAGGAUUCGCCUGAAGUUCAAGUGGAAGGUACAGGUGAGAAAUCCUUGAGAAUCUCUUCAGAGCAGAUGCUUCAAGACUGUAGCUCACUAACAGCAUGGGACGCACACAUGGUUGGCAUGUGACCUUGGUGUCAAAGGUGAUUAUAGUCCUAGCCAGUCUUGACAUGAUAGGUGGAAAAUGUGUGUGCCAGUGGUUAAACAGUGAGUGGGGACAGACAUGUUAAGAUAUAAGCAAGCCCAAACUGGACUUGGGUUCUGUGUGUUGCCGUGAACUUGUUUGCAAAAUUAGUGAACUGAAUCACUGUCCAGUCCGUACUGAAGAAUUAAGUUAUUACCAGGCAGAGCCGUGUUUGUGUUUCGUGUCCUGCUGUAACCCAGGUGUUGUAAAUUGCAUGUUGUAAUUAAAUGAAUGUAAAACUACAAGAAGAUGUAUCUUACAUAUAGAAAAGUCUGAGGAUUGCCAGUAUUUUGCGAGUAUAUAUUCAUAAACACUCCAGAAGAGUAGUCAAAAGUGAGUUAGAGAUGUAUGUCCAUUGGGAUGUCAAACAUACAGCCAAACGCAUUGUAAACAAAGUUUUAUCUUUAUUCAACUGGGAAAUUUCCAUCAGAUUAUGAUAGGUGUAACUCCUGACCUCCAGUGCAUGUUGGGAAUAUCACCUGGAAUAACCCAGACAUUCCUGCUCCCUGAGCAGCUGCUGCAGACAGCCUGAUGCUUAGUCUGUAAAAUGCGCAUCCUGACUGACAAGACCCUGCUGAGCAGAUCUCAGUGGCACCUCCUGCUUUCUUCAUUCAAGGUGUAGGCUUAAUUUAAAUGUAUAUUUUAUGACACAAUAUGUUGACGGCUUAUGGACCCAUCAGGUGUUUUAUUAGAAAGCCGUACGAUCACAGCGAAGCUGAUUUUUUGUUCUUCUCAGUAACUGAAACUCAGCCUCACCUUGGGACUUAGAAUAAAAACACCCAUCUCAUUGACUAUGAAUCUUUGACUUCACCCUUGGGAGGGGCUAAAAGCCCUUUUGAUCAAGCCAUUCCAUGCAUUAAGAGUUCAACUCUAUUUGGCAUUUGUGACAUCAUCUGGCCACUUAAAACUAUAACUCUUGUGACAGAAAUCCUUGACUAUAAUCUGCUCAUGGCAAUUAACGGGUUUUGAAUUAUUUUUCUUUUUUCAGAGGGGGAAAAAGUAGGAAUUGUUACUGUUUCUGUUUGGAAGUGUCUAUCCAGUGUGACUGUAGCUUCUCCAGGACUCUUCUGGAAGUUCUGCCUCUGUGCUGAGUUAGUGUGAGAAGCUGCUUCUUCUACCUGCUGAUGUGUUAGCUUUUAUAACUUACUGAGUUCAGAACCAUCAUGCUGUUCUUCCUGGUUCUGCCCACCUCUUUAUUCCUCUCAUCCUCAGUGUUCUUAUGGAAAAGCCCCCAUGACGGUGAUGCAAGGGAGAACAACAGAAGUUUUGGGGAUUCAGUGCCAAAGAGAAUGGUGGCACGAUUGUCACAUUCUCUGUUACACAUUGCACUGUUUGCAGCAGACCAAUAGUCACUAGGUACUUUUAGGGGAAUCUUGGUUAUUGGACGAUUUCAGUAGCACAAAAGUUAAAGUACCACCAUUGGCCCCAACCAAGGUAGGGACAUCCUCUCCAAACUGUACCUGGGUGUAGAUUUAUAAAUGAUAGUGAACAACAGAUACCAUUGAGAGAGAAGUUUACUGUUCCCAACAAAGGAGAAGCUUAUCACCUAGGCUCUGUGAGAAGCAGUUAUUUCAGGAUAGGAGUGCAGGUGAUUCUCAGGCUCCACGGUGCAGGCUUCAGUUUUAACAAUGACAGAUUGUAAUAGCAUCAGGCAGCAGAAGAGACCUCCACUACCCACCAAGCCCUUUCUUGAUGGAGAUCAUACUAGAUGUGCAAAACCCUGUUUUCCAGAAUUACAGACAACUCCAGAGCUCCUGUGCUAGCUGCGGAGCUGUGUAAGAAGCCUUCCAAUUCAUCGUUAUUCCUAAAACAAACUGGAGCAAGCCCUUUGGUCUGAGCCAACUAAGAAUUUAGAGUUUCUUUCUCUGUGGCUCUCACUGGGUUGCAGCAGCUCCUUCUGAACAAGAGGUAGGCACUCCAGGAACAAGGAAACUGUAAGUCAGCAGACCCCAUGCUGGGCUUAAGCAGUAACACCUCCACCUUCCCUGUGAUGGUUGUAAGUAGCAGGAUUUAAUACAGGAUUUAGUAGUUUGUAUGGCGAUUAAAAGGAGACAGGAUUUGCAAAGAUGCUGUGUUUGGCUGGAAUGCAGCAGACGGGUUUCCACAGUCUGUAAAGCAUACAAGAGAAGCCCAUUCCCUAAACCUAAUGCACAAGAGGUCCCUACCAGUUUGACAGUAACCUCUAUGGCUGCUCCUGCUUCUAAUGACAUCCUAUAACUACCUACCUAUCAAGGCCAAGGGCACAGUGCACAGUGGUCUUCUGCUGUCCACUCACUCACUCACUGCCUAACAGCUUCUGUUUCUGGAUGGUUGUGCCUAGUGUAAUUUGGAAGUUGAAUAGCUGGGGUUGACUACAAAGUUAGCUUCAUCUGACCCAAAGCUGUUCACACCUGCUUUCAAGGCCAAGGUUCAUAGUGAGUUCCUACAAGAGUGAGGAUUUUAAAGGACUUGAACCUGUCAUAUCCCAAGAAAUCCAAAAGGACGCUUAUCUUUUGUUAUAGGCCAGAGAAAACUCAGAUAGUUUUUAAUUCUCUCUGGUGAGACAGGAAUACCGUCAGCCAUCACACGGCCCCUUAUAGGUGUUUUUUUCUGUUUGUUUGUUUUUUGUUUUUUGUUUUUCCUUUUCCCCUUCAACCCUGAUGCUUUUCCAUUGAGACCUAUUGGCACUCUGUAAAUCACACCGUGUGGUAAUCUGAGUCAUUUUCAGACCCCUCUUUCGAGGAGAGCAUAGCAACAGCCCAGGUGCACACUGGAAGCACAGAGCAGCCAGACCACACUGCAGUGCCUGAGAAGACAAGAUGCAGCUGUAGUAGACCUCCAUACCGUGACCCAGGUGUGCUGGUGGCUUUUCCAAGUAAAUGCAAAGGAUAAUGACUUUCUCUGUGUGGAUGUUAAAUGAGAAAUGUAUACACACACACAUACACAUGCACACUCAUUCGUGAGCACACACACACAGGCUCUAGUAUCUGAACACUUGAUCUGCACUUGUGCCACUAUUUGGCUGGCAUUAUGGAGCCUUUAGCAGGUGCAGCCUUGCUGGAGGAUGCAUG